AAUCAACAGAUGGCUAAAUUAGAAAGGAAAUUUCAGAUUAAUGAUACAUGUUAUUCUUCAUUGACUUUUAAUGUUUAAAAACAACAAAAAUUUAUAUAUAUGAAUAGUGGUAUAUUUUAUUUUUAGAUAAUCCUCUACAGUUAAAAAGAUUAAUUCAAUGAUGAUUAAUAUGUAGAAAUUUAAUUUGUGGAUCAAAACUGCAUGCCAUUUUGUACAGUUUGUGAUGCAUGUAAGAAAGCUAUUAAAAGAAAUGCAAUAAAAAUAAAACUUCAUAUGAUUUAUGCAAGUGUAAAAAUAAAGGUGGUGAAAUAUCUAAUUUGAUAGAAGAAAACCAUGAAAAACAAAAAUCAGCAAGAUCAUUGUUAAUUGGCUCACUUAAAAGGACUCAAAAGAAAAAAAUAAAGAAACAAAAUACCAUUAAUUCAGAUCAAUCUACAGGAAGUCCAAAAUUAAUUAAAUCUAGAAGGAAUAGCACUCCUUCAAUAGCAAGUUGUCCUGCAGUUGUUUCUACUGAAGAAUGGACUGUUAUUGAUUCUGAUAAUGAUAUUGAGUAUAAAGGUGGAUUUCAUGUAUUGAUGUCAUGUUUUACUUUAGGAGGUUCAUAUAGACAAAGGAAAAAGAAAAUAACUGCAACAUUUAUGGAAAAUGAAAUAUAUAUUCCAUGUGAAAAAACAUCAAAUACAUCUGAAAAAAGUAGACCUUCAGACAGUAUUGCAGAUGAUUCUUCUAACAGAAAAGAAACUGAGAGAACAGUAUUUACUACAAAUUCUGUUUUAAAUCCAGGUGAAGUAAUUUGUUGUACUACAUCUGCACAAUCUUCUGAAAAAACUGCCAUUAAGAAUUCAGUACGAUGUAUCAAGAGAAAGAAAAGGAAAGCACCAUUACCUCCAAAUGUAACUAAUUUAUCUGAGAAAACACAUCCUCAAAUUAAUGAUUCAAAAGAAAUAGAAGUAAAUAAAAUUGAUGAUCUGCCUACAGCAAUAGGUAAACUAUAUACAUUUAAUCAACUUUCAAUAAAUUCCCAACAAAUUAGUCAAGAAGUACCUAAUCCAGUUCAAAAACAAGAGAUUUCUGUAAUUUGUCAAGGAAGAUAUGCAAGAGUUUUAGAAGAAAAGAAAAUUAAUGAUUUAAAUGUAGGUGGAAAAAAUACACCCAAAAAACGUAAAUCUCCAAAAAAGAAACCAGCUCCUAAACCACCACUUUCUUCUAAAUCUAGUUCUUAUUCUUCAAUAAAUAUAUCAAACAAUUUUAAUGAAAUUGUAAAUGUUAAUGGAGAUCAACUAGAAGAAUUUUCGAGAAGCAAUGUUGUUAAAAACUCUAUUGAAAAUAAAGAACUUUGUAUAUGUAACUGUGCAAUGUGUAAAGAAGAUAAUUUUAAAUAUAUAAACAUUCCUCAUUUUGUUUGUCCUACUUUAUCGAAAGAUGCUGAUUCAUAUAAUGUUACAGUUUUGGGUUAUUUUAGUAUUGGUAAAAAAGAUGAAAAUUAUAAUGAGGAAAUCAAAUUGCAUGAAAAUGGUUUUCAUCAUUGUUGUGAAAAGGAUAUAGCUGGAGCUUGCAUUUCUAAUAAUGUCAGGAUCAGUCAAAACCAUGACUUUGUAUUACCUCUUCCUCAGCAAAGAAAAUGUAGAUGUAAUUGUUCACCUAAUUUUGAAACCAUUGAACAUUUUGAUCAAAAUCAUUUUAAUGAACUUCCCAAAAGAAAAAUUAAUUUGUGCACCAAAUCUCACAGUAAUCCUAUUUUAAUGUGUUCAUGUUCAAAUCCACAUUGGCUAACAAAUGAAAAUGAUGAGUACGUAGGUGAUAACAUUCAUAGAAAAAUGAUGUUUAACAGACACCAAAAUCCUUUAAUAAAAGAUUGUAGUCAUAAAAAUUAUAAAAGUAAAUAUUCUUAUCAGAUAAAUAAAAGAUCUGAACAAUUUACUGAACUUGAAGAAUUGCUUAAAUCCAGACCAAGUGUUAGUGAUUUUAUUGCUGCUUUUAAUUAUUUAACUCAAAGAAACUCAGAUUUAGAUUUACCUAAUCCUAGAAUUUCAUCAGAAAAUAAUUUAAAGAUAAAUCGAGUUCAGGAAUCGGUUACCGAUUGUGAUGAAUACGACUUAAAAUCACUUCCUACAAAAUGGAAAUAUGCUCCAAUGGAUUUUAAUAUAAAUAAAGUCAAAGCAACAAAGUUAGAAGAAAGUUAUAAAAUCAAUAAACCUUUGAAAAGUUGUUUAGUGAAUAAAAAUAAUAAAAAAGUGACUUUUGAAAAUGGAAUUAAAUCAAGAGAAUCAGUAAAAUUAGCAACAAAAAUUGAUGCUCUUCCUCAAGGACCUUGCAAUUAUUAUAUUGCUGCACAUAAACAUGCAAGAAACCAGGAAUAUAUUAAUCAAAAAGAUAGAUUCAAGAAAACUAGUUUUAAUGAAAAUGAUUUGAACUUAGAAGCAAAAAAGCCAAUUAGAAAUCAAAGGCUAAUCAGAAAUCAUAAUUACAGGAAAUCAUAUCGGGCUCCACCAAUACCUAAUUCUGAAAAUUAUAAUCAAAAUUUGUCAUCUUGCCAAAAUAAAAAAAAUUCGUUAGAAAAAAUAGAUGAAUAUGGAGCAAUACCAAAAAAAUAUAAUAGAAAAAUAUGGUAAGUAAACUUUUAUAUCUAAUAUAAAACAUGCAUAAAAUAUAGAAGUAUGAUGUGUUUAUGCCAUAAAAUUACAUCAAAUAUAUAAAUUAUAUAGCAGACUUAAUGUCUAAAAAUUUACAGUAUUAUAUAAUAUUAAGUUAAAUAACUAAUUACAGUAGUCAUAA